CUCCAAAUGAAGCUUAAUUACUUUGGCAACUAAAGUAACCGUACAGCUCACUAAAUUGACCAACUUCUGACCUCACGAGUCCAAACAUUUUUUACUCUAUCUUCCAAUUCCAAAUAGCACAGUACAACCAAAUACUAGAAUACAUCAACACUAAAUGUACAAUUACUUUACAAAUAAACCCAACAAGAAAACAGAGUUUGGCCAAGUAUGCCCAAUCUAUACGAGCACUACUCAUGAGGGCCUCCAUUAAAACUUUGGUAUUACCAAACUUGUAAGAAGAAGGGCCCUAUACUCCUAUUACAAAAUGUUAGAGCCACUCCAUUACCCUUUUCACAACUAAUGUGUACAAAAAAGCCACUCACACAAGCUUUUAGUGUGGGACAAUAAACUAAACCAAAAAACUAAUUCAUAUGAACAUGGUGGCCCAAGCUUUGUGAAGAGCUAGCUGCUUAUUCUAUAUCAUGUUCCUGGCUUCGUUUGGGUUUGUUUGGAUGCUAGUGACAACUCACCCGAUGUAAUAUAUGCGGACUAGUUUGGUUUCUAGUGGGCAACUCACCCCACUGUCGGGUUAGCUCAGCUUGCUUAAAUGUAUAAAGUCUCCAUCCAAUCUUGGUCACUCAUUCACCCAUUACCUCUUUGCAAGCUCUUAUCAAGCACGUUAUUUUAAGCCUCCCCCUUUUUUGACCCAAAGGGCAAAAAGAUUGACCAAACACUUCCCAAAUGGUCAAUCAAGAAUGCCACGUCCUUCCUAAGCCGUUGGAUUUGAACGCCCCCGUCUUCCACCACCAACCAAACAUCCCCGCGCAGUUCAUAUGGCCGGACGAGGAGAAGCCCACCUCCGAUGCCCCGCGCCUCGCCAUUCCGCUCAUUGACCUUUCGGGCUUUCUCUCCGGGGACCCUGUCGCUGCCGAAGAAGCCUCUAGGCUCGUUGGCGAAUCGUGCAUGAAGCACGGGUUCUUCCUCGUUUCCAACCACGGCGUCGAUGGGGACCUCAUCUCCGAUGCCCACCGCUGCAUGGACCACUUCUUCGAGUUGCCUCUCGGCGAGAAGCUAAAAGCUAAGAGGCAACUCGGAGAGCAUUGUGGCUAUGCGAGCAGCUUCACGGGCCGGUUCUCGUCGAAGCUGCCGUGGAAGGAAACAUUCUCUUUCAGCUUCUCCGCGGAGAAAAACUCUCAAAACACUGUCCAAGAAUAUUUCCAAUCAGCAUUGGGUGAAAACUUCUCACAUACAGGGAAGGUAUAUCAAGAAUAUUGCAAUGCAAUGAACAAGCUCUCAGAAGGGAUACUAGAACUGUUGGCAAUGAGCCUAGGAGUGAACAAGAAGUUCCUGAGAGAAUUCUAUGAAGACAACGAAUCGAUAAUGAGACUAAACUACUACCCGCGGUGCGAGAAACCGGAGUUGACGUUGGGGACCGGCCCACAUUGCGACCCGACAUCGCUCACCAUCCUCCACCAAGACACCGUCAGUGGCCUGCAAGUGUUUGUCGACAACCAGUGGCGCUCCGUCCCGCCCACUCCCAACUCCUUCGUAGUUAACAUCGGCGACACUUUCAUGGCGCUAUCAAAUGGAAGGUACAAAAGUUGCUUGCACAGGGCAGUGGUGAACAACAUAAGUGCAAGGAAAUCACUUGCAUUUUUUUUGUGCCCAAAGAAGGACAAAGUUGUGAGGCCUCCCACGGAACUGGUGGACUCAAAUAACCCGAGACUAUACCCGGAUUUCACAUGGCCUACCUUUCUCGAGUUUACUCAAAAGCAUUAUAGAGCCGAUAUGAACACACUUCAAGCCUUCUCCGCUUGGAUCCAAAAUAACAAUCAGUCAUAGUACUGUUUGUUCAUCCCAUUCAUGAUUGCUUGAAACCAACUUAACUAUAUGUAUAUGGUCAUAAUGGUCAUGAUUCAUGAAUGGUAAUAGCCACCUACAAUAUAUAUAUUUAUAUAUAUUUAUAUAUAUAUUUAUAUUAUAUUUGUUCCUCUUUUUUUCUUCUUUUAUUUAUUAUGGAGUUAUUUUUCUAGCCAUCCUGGACCUUACCGAUUGAUCGAAUUGGUUUGUUAGGAUGGUGAAUGUAUGAAAUGGAGGAAUGAAAUAUGUAUGUAAUUUUAAAUUAAAUGAAGAAUAAUAAUGCAUAUGUGAUUGGUUAAUUAAUCAUUA